AUCACCAUACUGACACCGAGGAGAAGAAGAGAUCUUCGCAGGUCAGGUUGGACACAGAUGGAACAGGUUUAUGGUCUGGUUUUAAUGAAAAAACGGCUUUAACACGGAUUAAAACGAUAGUUUAGAAGCUCUAACUGCUGCUGGUAAACCAUUCCCUGUGUUUUCUGUGGGCACUGAGGAUGUUCUGGUGAUGCUAUAAGCAACACAAUCAGCAGUAUUAAAACACCAAUUUUUGGGAGUGUGAGGUGGUCACGGGUUCCACAGUGCGAUGGAUAAGGUGUUGAGUGGUGGUGGGACUCCCACCGGCUCAGUGGUCCAGGUGUGUUUUCCCAACGUGCGAGCAUCGGUGCUGGACAACCUGAACCGGCAGCGAGAGGAGGGCCGGCUGUGCGAUUUGUCCAUCCAGGUCCAGGGCCAGGUGUUUAGGGCGCAUCGCUGUGUGUUGGCUGCUUCCUCUCCUUAUUUCCAUGACCAGGUGCUGCUAAAGAACGUCACCACAGUGUCUCUGCCGUCGGUCAUGGACCCCCUAGCCUUUGAAAGUGUCCUAAACUCUGCCUACACUGGUCAGCUGAGCAUCGUGCGCGACGACAUCGUCAACUACGUCACGGUGGCCAGCUUCCUGCAGAUGUGGCACAUCGUGGAUAAGUGCACGGACAUCCUAAAGAGGUCACGACCUCUGACGCAGGUCAGCCCGGGGGAGGCCAGCUCCUCCAGGCACCAGUCUCCCAGCAGCUCGGACUGUUGCCUGACGGACCCGGAGGAGCGUGAGCGGAAUCAGGGGGACCAUGGCCCUGGCAUGGAAAGGAAACACCUGACGGGGGACCACGGCACGCUGCCACCGCUGGCCACCUGGAGGAGGCCACAGCAGCUCCAGCAGCACCAACAGGGCAGAUGGGUCAGAUCCAGGCUCUCUCUCCCCUCCCAAAACAGACCAGAAACUCCUCCAUCCAACUGCAGCCCUACUGGUGAAGGACAACAGCCUUGCAGCCCUGAGAGCCUCUGGAUGACCAGCGGCAGCAUCGCUGCAAGCGACAGGCACAGAGUCCGCGCCCGCCUCCGAGGGGUGCAGGACAGCAGGGAGCGAGGGAUGAGGGAGGAGGAGGAGGAAGAAAGAAGACGUGGGGAGAGGUGGAUGGAGGCGGAUGAAGGUGUGGGGGAGGAGUUGGAGGAGGAGAGAGUGAAGGUGGAGUUGGAGGAGCGUGGCGCUGGAGGCUGUGGCUCAGGGACAACUCUCAAAGAGGAGGGAGAGAGAGAGGGAGGGAGAGAAAAUGCAGAGAGAGACAGAGAGCAAGAGGAAGGGUUUCUGUCAGCUCAGGCUCACGCCAGCGACCCGCAGGGAGAGCUCGCCGCGUCGGAAAGCGCCCCUCCGUCUCUUCCGGGGCCCUCCUCGCGCCCACAGUGGCAGCCUGCGUCCGAGUGGUCGGCAGGUCCGUACACUCAGCCUGGAGGCGGCAGGUUGCUGGAGGAUCACUCCAGAGCAAAGGACGGCGACGAGGACGAUGUGGAAGAGGAGAUGGACUUUGGUCGUUUUGCGGAGGCAGGCUUCGAGGGAGAGACGUACGACGAGAUCGAGGAGGGCACCGGACAAGUAUCUCAAAGGCCUUUGCUACCGGUGUCUCCUGGCGGCGGCGGUGGCGGAGGCGAGUUCGUGUUGGGGCCUUCAGAGUUGGGCUGGACCUCCGGAGCGCUUUCCUCCCCGACGCACUCUUCCUCCCUCCCUCCUUCCUCCUCUCCCAUCCCCUCCUCCUCCUCUCCCCCGUCUCUGGCCGGGGCGCCCUACAUGGGCAAAGUGCACUUCUGCCACUGCGGCAAGGCCUUCACCCUGAAGAGCAUGCGAGACCGCCACGUGAAAAUGCAGCACCUGAACCUGCGACCUUUCGCCUGCCCCGUAUGCGCCAAGAGCUUUAAGAUGAAGCACCACCUGACCAAGCACGUGAAGACCCACGGCGGCCUGCGUCCAUACGAGUGCGUGAUCUGCGGCAAGAAGAUUGUCUGGAGGGACAGCUACCUCAAGCACCAGGCGCGGUGCCAGCGCCUCGCCGCCAAAGCAGCCAUGGCCGGGCAACACCACGAUGACGUCGAAGCGAUUGCCGACGGCAACGAGGCAGAGCCGGAGCAGGAUGAGGCGGGGUUUGAGUAUGGAGAUUACUUGUGCGAGGGGCCGGGCCAGGUAAAGAUGGAGCAGGGGGAGGGACGGGAAGACGAAGACUGCAUGGAGGGUUUGGUGGGGAGAGUUUCAGGGCAGCACAGAGCUCUGAUGGAGCAGGUCCUGAAGGAGGAAGAUAGAGGCAGGUACUCAUGAGGGAAGGGGAAAAACAACCUGCUGCUGUAUGAAACCUCUCCGUCUAGAAGCUGAUCGGAGGUCAGCUUCUUUUUUAGUUUUUUCAUUUAUUUUCAGUUUUACAAAAUUGUCCAGUUGUCCUCCUACUCAUAGAGUGGUUCAACCAAUACAAGAGUCAGUGAUAACCACAUUUUAGAACACUGUUCAAUCCAGAAUUGACAAUCCAGCUGGGUAAGUUUGAAUAAAAAAUAAGUCAUAUGAUUUUAAAUGCUUUUAAAUCUCUCCGUCAAAUAAUGCCGCCUCUUUUUAACGUGGGUGCUUAUGUCUGGGCUGACGAUACCCGUUCAAUUAACUAAGAAGCCUCAUCAGUAGUUCUUAGUUCUUAGUAGUCUCAUUAUCUGCUUAAAACAAAGAGAUACAUAAUUAAUGCUUGACCUGCAGGAACAAAGCCUGCAAGUAGCACCUCUGGUCAUUUUAGGCUGCGAGUAGCACAUCUGAUCCAAUCUUUUUAUUUUAUUUUAUUUUUUAUUUAAGCGAGACGUUUACGGUUAAGCUUAUUAAAAAUUUAGAUUUAAUAUAAUUCAGCAAAGUUUGUUUAACACUGCAUGAAUAAGGGGGAACGCUUGAAUAAAAGCCAUGUGAAUCUACUGUAUGUUUUAUAUAAAACGCAGGUGAAGUUUCCCAGCUGCUGGACUGACGGUAAAAAAUGCAAGGUCUACGUUGUCUCACUGCAAGGCUAGUUAGUACAACUAACCACCCAAAGGGUAGGAGCCAGUUUUACGUCAGUAUUUUUACUCCGAUACUUGACCUACAUGUGAACCUAUUGAUGAACGACUGUUUGCCAAUUUUAACUGCUGUUAAAACCGUUGAUUGAUGUUGCUGUCGCCACUGGCCUUAAUGGAUUACCACAAGAAUCUGAAAGAAGAAGAGUUGAUCACAGUGUACCUGGGACAUUUGUGUACGGACAGUUCCUUCAAGUGUUAAUGUUCCCAACAUGCUUUGUUUUUUUUUUUGUUUUUUGUUUUUCGGGUAGCUUCGGGUAUUCCGUUAAGCACUGGCAACUUUUAAAAGACUCACUUUUAAAGAUGUCUGUAAGCGUAAAUCAUCCAUGUGGAGAAGUCAGUAUCCUUCUGUUGUGCCGCAUGUCAUAAUGUACAUGUAUCGCCUGGACCUCGGAACAGGCUUCGCUUGUGUAGCUUCAUAUGCAGUUCUCAUUUCUCCCCCUUUAGGGGGAACGCUGGCAAAGCUUUAGUGCUAAAUGUUCAGAAUUUGUAUAAUACUGAGUGAUGUCUAUAAAUAAAGAAUUUUCAGACAUUA